CCCGAUGCAACAGCUCAAUCGCCGUGGUGUCUAACCCACAGUCUGUUUCUCCAUCGACAACCCCCGAGACGAUGUCUGAGGAGACGCAUCGGCGGACUUGUUUCCACGCGUCCAACAGUCCCAACACAACUGGAAACAAUCUCUCCGAGCUCGGUCCUGCUGUACAAUUGCAGCUGCUAAAGGCUCUUAUUGAGGCCAAGUCAGCGAGCCAGAGUCAUGUUCUCCCGGACAGUAUCUCGCAUGUCCACUUAAACGCGGCCACUGCAGAUUUGUUUUGGACCAGUUCCGAGUCUGACCCAUGCAGUUGUCUCCUUGAAGCCCUCGGCACCUUUCUCACUCAGGUGAUUGGGGUGCUGUCUCAAGUUGCGGUUUCUCUGACCAACGGUCCGCACAUUUCCGACUACGUCGAAAGCUAUAUAAAAAGUGUGACCAAAGACGAUGAUUUCUCAGACACAUCCGUCGUGACAUUUCUUGAUCAAAAGCAUCACUUAUUGCAAGUCUUGUCAACCGAGCUCGGUAAGGUCAGCAACCACUGUGAAGAGAUCUGGUCAAACCGGCCAUUACAGAAACCGGAGUGGAAACUGCCUUCCCAUCAAACAUCACAAGUUCAGACUCCUGCACCAUCUGACUUCCAGCCAGCCCCAACCUACCAAUCUCCACAACUGGGAACCAUGCCAGGUGCCUAUACACCCGCGUAUGCUGGAACACCAUCAUAUUACUCCAGUGACUCGAAAGAGUUGUUGGCACGAGGCAAAGGGAAGCAUGUCUGCCCUUAUGGACAUCAGUGUGACAAAGGCGGCCUCCGUGAUGAUAGGUCAUUGGUAGUGUUUGAGCGCAAUUCGGCUUUUAGAGCGCACAUGGCAAAACACGAGAGGAAGUACAAAUGUAAUAUUCCAGGUUGCCCCAAUACGACUGGAUUUGCCAGGGUUGAUCAGCUCGAGCGUCAUCAGCAGAAUGUUAGACAUCAAGUGGCACGAUAAUCACUCGUGAAGGACAUAUGUUCGCCGCUAGCGGGUCUCCAGUUCAACCUUUACUGAAGGAUUUGGUAUUCAACGAAUAAAGGGGAUUAUUCGAGCGCUUUGAAGCAAGAUGGCUGAGAAUCUAAAGUCUCGGGAAGCUUUGAGCAGGCU